AUGACAGAGAUCUCUUCCGACUUGGGGCUCGACCCGGAAAAGCGAUUCUCGACACACAUGGGAACACACAGAGCGAUUAGUGCAGCGAUCACGCAGGGGCAAACAGGCAAGAUCGGCCUCCGUGCUUACUCCACGCCAUCAAUAAGGCCGACACCAACAAAUGCCAGUGCGGUUACGGACCGCAGACCGUGCGACACAUCCUCCUGGAAUGCCGGAACUGGGCAGAAGAACGACAUCGAAUGUGGGCAGGCAAGUCAAACGCAUCCUCUGUAA